AUGCUGUCAUGUACCAUUGCUUCUAUUUUUCUUUUGAUUAAUAUUGGGUAUGCAGGACUGAAAUUUCUUUUCUCAUUGCGCAGAUACUUUAAGGGACCCGAACUUCUUGUGGAUUUGCAGGACUAUGACUAUUCUUUGGAUAUGUGGAGCCUUGGUUGCAUGUUUGCUGGAAUGAUAUUCCGAAAGGAACCAUUCUUUUAUGGUCAUGACAACCAUGAUCAGCUUGUCAAAAUUGCUAAGGUGCUGGGAACUGAUGAAUUAAAUGCAUACCUGAACAAAUAUCAUUUAGAGCUUGAACCUCAACUUGAUGCACUUGUUGGGAGGCACAGUCGCAAGCCUUGGUCCAAAUUUAUUAAUGCUGAUAAUCAGCAUCUGGUUUCUCCAGAGGCUAUUGAUUUUCUUGACAAGCUCCUUCGUUAUGAUCACCAGGAUAGACUAACUGCCAGAGAAGCAAUGGGCCAUCCUUAUUUUGCACAAGUUAGGGCUGCAGAAAGUAGCAGAACACGGAUGCAGUAACCUUUCUGAUGGUGUUGCUGGGCAUUUGAGAAAUGUAAUGUGCUUACAAUCACACACUUUAGAAAACAGUCUUGGCUGCUCGUAUCAUUAUUGUCCGAUUAAGGGUUGUGGAUAGCUGUUUAAUGUUUGAUCGAGUUAGUUUGUAAGACAGAUCUCAAAACUAUUUUUACCCUUUGUGUUUCCCUA